UUGCAGUUUAGAUCCGUCCGCCUGAGCCAGAGCGAGGAGUGAACCGCACGCGCCAUGUCCGAAGAGUCGCCGCCGGCGCAGGCCGCCGAGAAGAGCCAACCCGCCGAGCAGGAGGCUGGUGGCUGGGGCGGAUGGGGCCUCUCCAUCUUCUCCGAGAUCUCCCGCAACGCGGUGGAGGUUGCUAAGAGUGCCAUCGCGGACAUUCAGCAACCGUUGGAGCAGGACACGGGACCUGACAGCGGGGAGAAGGAGAAGGAUAAGGAACAGGAGGGGGAGGAGGAGGAGGAGAGACGCAAGGCGGCUCUGGACAAGCUGGAGAAUGCCAGUGAGGACUCAAUCCUGGGCCAGGGGCUCAAGGCCUUUGAUAGCUCGGUGGAGACCAUCACGACCGGUACUUGGCAAGCUCUUGGGACUGCAUGGAAGAGUGGCUCACUAUUUGUUCAAAAAUUGGAGAACUCAGCUUCAAGCUUGGCGGAAACCAUUCAACAAGGAGAACUGCCUGCCAAAGCAUCUGCAAUAGCACCGACCAUUUUAGAGACAGGGAAGUCAUUUACAGCAAGAGGUAUGGAAGUGCUUGAACGUGUUGGAAAGGAGACUAUGGAGUUUAUUGUUGAAGAAACUGGUAUGGAAGUCGAUAAAGGUAGUACCGGUGAAGGUGACCAGCAGACAGAAGAGGAGCAGUUUGAAGAAGUCUCAUUUGACAGAUGCUUCUAUAUUUAUGGAGGACCUGAUCAAUUAGAGGAACUGGAAGCACUAUCAAGCCACUAUGCAUUGUUGUUUAAUAGGAAAAAGGGAAAACUAAAUGCUGAGCAGAAAACUUAUUAUGAUGGAAAGCUCAAAGAAAUACAGCAAAUAUUUAGUCUUAGCACCAAUGCUGAGGAAGAUGGACCAGACUCAGACAAAGGGAAGAAGAUUGAAUCAGCUGAUACUGACGCUGAUGCUGAGAUGAAGAAGUUAUGUGAAACAAGUGUUAGCAAAGCUGCUAAGAUGGCCGCAGGGUUCACCACUGCCUUGGGUGGGCUUUCUCCAAAUGAGAUUAUCAAACGGACUACCAAUAGGCUAGAGACCAUUCACUCAGAGGGUGUUCAUAGACUGUCAGAGAUGUGCUGCCUUGCAGUUUCUCAAUUUCUGGUACUAGGAAAGUCGGUAAUAUCUGCCACCAACAAAUCAAAGAAUGAAGAAGAUGAUGAAAAUGACGUUAAGAUUGAUUGGCCUGAAGAUCCUAUUUCAAAAGCUAAAAUAAUCAGAUGGAAAGCGCAAUCCAUCUCUGUGGAUAUGGAAAAGGUCUCUACUAGUUUUGGUACAGGAAUCUUGGAUGUGGCUGAAGCUUAUGCGGCAGCCAUACAAAAUGCUCUUGCUGAUAAGCAGGAUGAUCUCCCAAAUCAGAAAUCGGUGCAGGAGAAGGCUAAGUCCAUAUCCAACCAUCUGAAUUCCGAUCAGACUAGUGCUGUCAGCAAGCUACAAGACGCCUUGCAGUACCUGGCCUACGUCGUCGUUUGCGCUUCCAUGCCAAGUGCCUGAUUGCAGAGUGGUUUCUCUCUGAGCAUUGCUGCUAUUGUUAGCCGUUUCUGUAAAUUUGCGUGAGGGUUCCCUUCAGGGCUGCCAGAAUUAGGGCCUCUAGCUAUGGAACGAACCACACUAGGCAUGUUGGUUAGUUGUCAUGUACUCAUGUCUGUAUGCCAUGGCACAUGGAAAAUUGUUGCUCUCUCUGUUUUUCCUCUGAGAACAAUGAAUUACUGGUGUUCAACAUACAAGUGAACUGAUAUGUUCAAAAUAUAGCUGACGGUGUACUGCUCA